AUGGCCUAUUCGGUGGCCUCGGGGUCUCGAACCCUCUACUUCGGCAAGGGGGUUUUACGGGGCAACAGAUUGCAAAUGGUCUUCUUUUCUUUCCACAAUGAAUGCCUACACAUACACAUACACACACACACACAUACAAAUACCCUUUUCUCCACCCGGCAACCAGAUCCUUCUGAGGGUGGAAUUCUAACGCCAGCACUCGCCAAGCGGGCCAGCAGCAUCGGCCAGUCGAUCGUGCAUCAGAGUCAUGUGCAUCGAGUGGUCACCAAGACGAUGCAGUUCAUCGACGACCUGCUUCGACAGAUCGGGCAGCGCUGUCUGGAGGCGGUGAUCAGAGCGGUCCGCAACAGUCUGGAGGAGUUGUGGCGCUAUUUCGGAUUGCGGGAGGCCUCGACCAUCCUGAAAGAGGUGCCCAUCGGGAAGGUGGUCGACUGCGGUGAGAAGCGAAAGAGCAAGAUUGAGGCGAUUUCUGGCCUCCUCUUUCUGUAG